AACGCUGUUUGAUCGCUGCUUAUUUGCAUUACAGUUCAGUCCGGAUAGGGGGAUCUCGCCGCGUAUCUCGCCGUACUCCGCGUAUGAAUUAUUAUUGAUAGGAGGAGGAGAGAGAAAAAAAUAUAUAUAACGUGCAGACGGGCAAUUCAUCUUUCCAGGGUUUUCGGUCCAUCGAGGCGUAGUCUAGUCAACCGCGCGUUUCAAAGCCAUUUCCAUCCAGGAGAAGCUUUUUGAAGCGGACCGAGCGCUGCAGCCUGCUGGAGCCGAGGACGGAUCGCCCGGGGAAGGACUCCUCGUUCCUCAGGACGAUGGUGUUGGACAAGGAAGAGGGUGUGCCGAUGCUCUCCGUCCAGCCCAAAGGGAAACAGAAGGGGUGUGCUGGCUGCAAUCGCAAGAUUAAAGACCGCUACCUGCUCAAGGCCCUGGACAAAUACUGGCAUGAGGACUGUCUCAAAUGUGCCUGCUGUGACUGCCGCCUGGGGGAGGUGGGCUCCACCCUCUAUACGAAAGCCAACCUCAUCCUCUGUCGCAGGGACUACCUGAGGCUCUUUGGUACAACGGGGAACUGUGCAGCCUGCAGUAAACUGAUCCCAGCUUUUGAAAUGGUGAUGAGAGCCAGAGAUAAUGUUUACCAUUUGGACUGUUUUGCCUGUCAGCUUUGUAACCAGAGGUUUUGCGUGGGGGACAAGUUUUUCCUAAAAAACAACAUGAUUUUGUGUCAAAUGGACUAUGAGGAGGGCCAGCUGAAUGGAAGCUUUGAGACACAGGUUCAAUAGUUGGAACCUCGUGGCAGCAACAAUCGGCUCCACACUUUACACACACAAGAUGGAUGUUCUGCUGCACUUGGAAAAAGACAAGCGUAUGUCUGCUUGCCUGCAAUACUUUUUAAGACCCCUUUAUCAGUCCCUAAGGACUCUAUUGUAAAUGUUCAACUUUUCGCCCUUCCCACACCCCAACACUGAGCAGUUACAAAUUUUGAUGUACAGUUGUGCCUGCUUAGCUGAGCACUGUAUUGCUUGUAUGUUUUGUGAAAUUUGUUUCCGGUUGGUUUCAUUUUCCUUUUAGAAAUGGUUCAUUGGAGGGUAUGUACAGUCUGUUUUCUCUGUAUAUAUAAACUGGAACAUUUAUUUUAUGAAAUGUAAUGCAAUUUUAUUACUAGUGUGAAUUAAAGAUUCUUAAAU